AGACUAAACUCAGACAUGGUUGAUGCACAGGAAUUACAUUGGAUAUGCAGCGUACCGUUAGGUGCUACUAUUGCUGCAUUCGGAAUCCUCGGAAAUAUUAUUUCCAUCCUCAUAUGGCAACGCAUCAUUAAAUCCAAACUACGCGGGAAUCAAUCUACUGCACUGUAUUUAAUCGCUUUGGGAGUAUGCGACACUGGUUUAUUAGUAUUCUUUUUGUUAACCGAUACAAUAAAAGCAAAUCAUCCCGAAAUUGUGAAUAACUACUCAUAUGCAGCAUUUUUCUCUUGGUUUGGCUUUCCCAUUUUUUUCAUCUUCUUAGUAGCAAGCAUAUGGUUGGUGGUUGGAGUCACACUUAAUCGAUUUUUUAUGAUUACUUUCCCAACUAAAGUGAAAAGUAUGUACACAACAAACAGAACAUAUAUGGGCAUUGCUGUUUUUCUCGCUUUCUCAGUCAUCAUUAACAUACCACACUUCUUCAGUUACCACCCAAAAGAGACCAAUGGAACAUAUACGCUCGCGUUAACAGAAUAUGGUGAAUCGCAAGGAUCAAUUGAUUAUGAGUUUUGGGUGCAUUGCAUAUUUGUUGUUUUAGCACCAUGGUUUACCAUAGCUGUGCUAAAUGCAUCAAUUGUAUACAAGCUCACGCAGCAGAUGAAAAAGUUUGAUUCAAAAAAAGAUUCCAAGGGAAGCAGUAAACGAGACAAACAAGAGAAACAGAUGACAAGAAUGUUGCUGGCUGUUACGUUUUCAUUCCUCGUUUUACUUGCAUGGCAAUGUGUAACCCAAUGCUUCUGGAUGCUUGGUGUUGGCAAAGAAGACAAAAAGAGCUCAAGAUGGAAUCUAAUUGAUAGUUCAUUUGCAUUUGCAAAGACUGGUGUUGUUAUCAAUUCUUCAAUCAAUUGGAUAUUCUAUUGUCUUACUGGAACAAUGUUUCGAAAGGAGAUGAUAAAGAUGUUACCACUAACAAGAAUUAAAAGAGGAUCUUUUACAACUUCCUCGAAUUUCAAAUCGUCCACAAAGGGAACACAAGAUACCGUAUUUGCCAAUAGCAAUGUUUGAAGUUAGUAUAUCCACAUCAAUUUCCAAACACAUUAAUCUUUCUUUAACUGUAAAUAACACGAAUUGACAAAAAUCCGCCACGAUAUGAAAUAAAAAACAAAGAAAGAGGAAUAAUUUAGACGGGAAUAAGAUAAAGAAAAGGAUAAAGACAGAGAAGAAAAAAUGAAAAACAUUAAACUAUAUGCAAGCAACAAUGUAAUUGCAUUUUCUGUAAAAUAAAUUUUGUUAAAAGUAA